GUCACGCUCACCAUCCUCGCGGUCCUCCUCGAGAACUCGGGCCUGGUCAAGCAGGCACCGCGGCAAUCUGAGUUUGAGGCGCAGCAGUCGCACAAGCCGGUCAAGUUCAGCGACGUGCACGGCGUGGACGAGGCCAAGGACGAGCUGCAGGACGUCGUGCAGUUCCUGAAGGACCCGACGAUGUUCGCCGCGCUCGGCGGAAAGCUGCCCAAGGGCAUCUUGCUCACGGGCUCGCCCGGUACGGGUAAGACGAUGCUGGCCAGGGCGGUCGCGGGUGAAGCGGGCGUGCCGUUCCUGUUUGCCUCUGGGUCUGAAUUCGACGAGAUGUUUGUUGGGGUGGGUGCGAAGCGGGUGCGGGAGCUGUUCGCGGCGGCGCGCAAGAAGCAGCCGGCCAUCAUCUUCAUCGACGAGCUGGACGCGAUUGGCGGGAAGCGGAACGCGCGGGACCAGCAGUACAUGAAGCAGACGCUGAACCAGCUCCUGGUCGAGAUGGACGGCUUCCUCCAGGACGAGAACGUGAUCGUGAUCGCCGCCACGAACUUCCCGGAGAGCCUGGACGAGGCUCUCGUCCGGCCAGGCCGCUUUGACAGGCACAUCGCCGUCCCGCUCCCCGACAUCCGGGGCCGGUCGCAGAUCCUCAAGCACCAUAUGACAGACGUCGUCAUCGGCAACGACGUCGACCCUAUGAUCCUCGCCCGCGGCACCCCUGGCUUCUCCGGCGCAGAUCUCCAGAACAUGGUCAACCAAGCGGCCAUCCAGGCCUCCAAAGAAGGCUCGAAGGAGGUCAACGCGAAACAUCUCGAGUGGGCAAAGGACCGCAUCGUCAUGGGCGCAGAGCGCAAGAGCCAGUACAUCGACGAACACGUAAAAAAGCUCACCGCGUACCACGAAGGCGGCCACGCUCUCGCCGCCCUCUACACUCCCGGCUCCAUGCCGCUGCACAAGGUGACCUGCGUACCCCGCGGUCACGCUCUCGGCGUGACUUCGCAACUCCCCGAGAACGACCGCUUGAGCGUGACCUUCAAGGAAUUUCUGGCCGACAUCGACGUGUCCCUGGGCGGACGCGCCGCAGAAGAGCUGAUCUUUGGGCGCGAGAACGUGACCAGCGGCGCGUCAUCCGACCUGAAGCAUGCGACCGCCGUCGCCACCAGGAUGGUCAAGAACUUUGGAUACUCUGACAAGAUCGGGCCGGUCUAUCUGAACGAGCGCGACGAGAUCAUCAGCCCGUCGAAGCGCGAAGACAUCGAGAGCGAAGUUCGAGGCCUCCUGCGCGCCGGCCAGGCCCGCGUGUUCGAGCUGCUCAAGUCCAAGCAGCAGGAGCUGCACCGGCUCGCGAACGCGCUGAUCGAGCACGAGACGCUGGACAUGGAGGAGGUGAAGAAGGUCAUCCGCGGCGAGCCCAUCCGCAACAUCAAGGAGGUCAUCACCGAGGACCUGUCGCGCAUGGCCGCGGGCGCGGGCGCGCCGGCGCCCGCUAGCCCGUCGGCGCACGCGCACUCGCACUCGCACUCGCACUCGCACUCGUCAUAGCACGCGCCGGGCCCGCGCCAAGGAGUGGCGCGCGCGUGCACGCUGAAAAAAGGAUGGAGGGGCGGCGGGAAGAGGGUCCCGCGACCGUGCGAGGGGGUGUGUUCUGUGUCCAUCGGGAAUCGGGAAGUAAAGUAAAGCGAUCGCGGGCCCCCGCCCGACGCACCGAGACGGCGGGCCGAUGGGGAAUCUCUGUGCGCUGCGCUCUUUCAAGGUGUUGCGUUUUUUUCUGGCAGUAGUAUGAUACGGUAAUAUGCUGGUGGUGGUGGUGGUGGUCCCCGGGGCGGGCGACUGGCGGGCGGUGCUAAUCAAUUUCUGAUCGGCCACUCGAUCCUCCGACGGGGGCCCUCGAUCGAGGUCCGUCUCGGUCUGUCCCAUUCAAUUCGCUAUAUAUAUAUACAUACAUACAUGCAUACACCCACAUAUACACAUGCGCACGAUACGCGCACACGCCGAUGC